AGUGAUAACAGUGCAAGAAUACUGUGAUGUGCUUUAAUACUAGCAAAUUUUUAUCGAGCGUAGAUAUAAUUUCAUCUAGAAUAUCCGACAUGAAUUUAUGAAGAAGUUAUCACUGAUGUUUUCCUGAUUUUGCAGAAAAGCAUGAUCAUCAUCUUGUAUGUGCUGCUCUCCUCAAUGAAGAUCUUCUUCCUCCCUUUGAUUGAUGGAUUUCAACUUCGGAAGUUCUUUCGGAGUGGGAGUAGCAAGAAGUCCUAUAAGAACUAUAGUCGCACAGGCACAAGACGGGAACGACGUGUACGACGAGGAUCGGCGCAAUCAAAGAAAUUGGAGUUGGUGUUAAGAGUAGUUUGAUAAUCAUAACGUAGAGAGAGUCGAUGUCGAUCAUAGUACUAGUACAUUUAUUGUAUCUGGCUUUGAUUUCGAUUUUUUGGUGGACAACUCUGUUGUAUUAAAAGCAGGUUCUUGAAGCUCCUCCUGAACAAUGGAUAUUUAUGAUUAUAUAUAAAAACAAAGGAAUAGGAGGUUGUAGUCGUUUCCCUUGCUGAGGGGUCAACACCAUUCGAGGGGAAACUAAGCAGGUGAACCUGAUCUAAUCCUGAUUUUUGGUGAGUAUCAUGGCCGCAAGGAUGAACAAGACGGAUCGCCGGCUGAAUUUAUUCGCACUGCUGCACGGAGUUUGUACAAACGUUAAGGCUUACCCUUCUAAUCCCCAGCAACCGCAUCUUCUGAAGCAUCCUGAAGACCAAGAUCCUGAAGACCAAGAGGCUUUCCUUCAAGGGGAAAAGGGACCCAAAAAGGGUCCUCGAGCUCCAGGAUCAGGAUGCACCACUAAGAUUAAAAACUAUCUCGUUCUCGAGAAGUAGAAGAUGGAAGUAGGUCAUAAUUUCAAGUAUUUAGUAGAUUAGGGAAGAUCGCUAAGAGUGACGUGAAAUACUCUUGUUUGAAGAACUACCACCGAUGGACGUCGAUGCAGCUGUCACCAACGGACUGGAAAACCUGAGUCAGCGGUUGUGGCAGGAAGCGAGGUUUAUGUUGGCCAAUCAUCGCGGCAUAGGCGCUGACGCUCUUUCGGUAGUUGCUCGCGACGUAGACGCUGACGCUCUUUCGGUAGUUUCGCAUUCACGAUCACGACUUGAAGUUGAAAUAAAAAACCCCUUCAGAGAAUAUCUCUGCUGGUAUCUCGGGAAACUUGAUGAGGCCGCGUUCAAAGUAGCCAUGAAGUCGAACGCAGUUGCCGCGAAGGAAAAGAAAACCCCAAGAAUGCAGUCUUCAUCGCCUACGCAGUCGCAGGAGCUUUCUCAUCAAGCAGUAGCAGAUAUUGAUAAUAUAGGAGAUAUUAGUACAGAGUCUUCUCUCGUUCCCAACGGGGAAGAAAUCCGCAACAAUUUGUGUCUCAUCAACCCAGAAGAGAUGGGAGUCCGCGCAGGGGUACAAAGUCAACGUGAAAUAGCUUCUGAAGAAGGACCAGCACCACAUGAAAAAGAGAAUAGAUCAUGGCUCCCACUGGCGCGCGAGAUAGAGAGGAAUUACUUGCAAUAUGCUCAACAAAGAAGCUACUUUCGGAACGAUCCGGUCCUAAAAAUGGCAUUCGAAGAGCGGUUAGCGGAUUUGGAACUCCUGGUCCACCCGUAUGACUCCUCUAGGUCUACGACUACGCAAGGAGAUGAUCACUCUAAAGAAGGAGAGGGAGACUCCUUAGCCGCGUCUACGACUACGCAAGGAGAUGAUCACUCUAAAGAAAGAGAAACAAGGGCAGCACGUGAAGAUGACGGAGACUCCUCAGCGUCUACGCUUACGCGAGGAGGCCGCGACAAUGAAGUCGCUACAAAAACUCUUGAUCACACAUUCACAUAUACGUCAUAUACGGCUCCUUCCCUUGCGUACCAAUUCAUGGCACGUGAGCGCAAUCUUUUAUGGCUCCGACGAAUCGAACGCAAGGUUGCGAGACUUGGUAAGGAUUGCCCUGGCACUGUUGUCGUGAUCAUGGGAGACAGUCACGUGGACGACUUUGUCAAAAAGGCGACGACUAAAUCCUCUCGGCAUCAGCACGAGGAACAGCAGCUCUUCUCUGACGUAUGGAUGAUGUUUGUUCCAUUUCCAUCCAUACGAGGACCAUCGCGGCUGCAGCCCUUUUGUUCCGUCCCUUCAAACUGUAUUAUAGCUGAAGGGGGGCCUUCUAGACCUAGAAGAUGGAGGAAACAACAGCUAGUAGAUGGAAUAAGAAACAUCAUUCAUAUGACGAUAAAAUCAGGGUCCUGCACACGGAUCGCGAUUUCUCUUUCAACCGACUACGCGCAGAGGAGGUAAGGGCUACACCAUGAACAUUGCACAUUGAAUUACCAUUCAUCUUGAAGACCUGUUCUUGAUGAGUUCUCUUAUUCCAGUACUAGUACAACAAGUACGACGGAAGAUAGUGGCGCAAUGCUUAGAUGAUGAACUCUGUGUCUACUGUCGUGUCAAGAAGGAUGAUCUAACAGAGCAUGCAAUGUCUUUUUUUCCUACGAGUGAGCUUCACCUUUUUUAAGACCAGACGUGUCUUCGCUAGAGCAGUUGGUCGCCGUCGUGGAGGCGCAAUUUGAAACAAAGAAAGAGAACUACUUCAAGCGGAAGCAUCUGAUGCACGAGUACGCAGAUGCUGGCGUUCGCAAUGAAAAGGAGGCUUUGUUUAAGGAAGUUCUUGGGACAUUUCAUUGCUUGAUGAUGUUGUUUCCAAUUUUAGGAUAAUUGGGGUUGGAGCAUUUCAUUAUUUCAGAGCAGUUUAGAGCACGCGUGGCGCAUGGAGUAGCAUGGACUGCACGGAGCGCAGACCCGUAAGGGACGCAAGAAGCGCUCCCUUGAGCUCCAUGCAGCUCCAUGCGAUCCAUGCCAUGCGAGCUGCCAAAUCUUCUCAAUUAAUUUGUUUUAUCUAAUUCGUAUCUAGUUCUAGUAUUCGAGUACCUGCUGCUGCACCAGGAGCUGUUCUCCCUCAAUUACGUCGCUUUUGCUAUCUAAGAGAGUAAAUGUAAAUGAACAAUUAUAUGAAAUCUUGUUCAAACCCUAAAGCCUAGGCUGAAUGGUUCCGGUAUUUGGUAGCCUGAAUUUGAUCACAAGGGUUCUCUUCUUGUUUUCCCUUAUGAUCUUCAAAUUCAGGCUAAGUGCCAAAUUAUAGCGGGAGCAAUACAACAUAGGCCCAAGCAGCCCGUAGUUUAUUCAGCCCUAAUUUACUUUUCAAGGAGAAAGCAAAACCGCCAGUGUCAGCUGAAGAUGUCAGAGAUUAUCUGCGAGUGGAGUGGAGGCAUCUCCGUGGAUAUGGAACACCGUGGAAGGAGAGGGAGCCGGAUGACUUGUGGUCUCCCAUUGCGAUCGCGAUGUAUUGCAGAGCCAAGCCACAACGAGUCCCACCCUUAAGGAGGCUUGUACUUGUAGUUGCCUUAAAAAUUGACGUUCUUGAGGAGGUUGACGUUCUUGAGGAACCCUUCAGGAGGCUUGUACUUGUAGUUGCCUUAAAAAUUCCUCUUGAGGAAGAGGAGGUUGACGUUCUUGAGUGACUUGUUCCAAGAUCAAGAUGAAAUGAAUUUUUUAUUUAUAAGUAUGCGUAAACGAGGGGGCAUAAACAUACUUAAAAAUCUGGCUCUAACACAAGAAUACGUUGGCAGCAUGGCGUCCGUGAAACUCGAGCUCGAAGCCGCCACUGACUUGAUCCUAACGCCACGGGACGUAGUGCAACUCUGGAACAAGGGAAUGAAAGUUUGCCCUCAAAUUCUACAAGACUUGGCUCAAGUUUUAUUUCGCACGACAGGAGAGGGAGACCGAGACUUAAAGGAGGACAUGGACAUCAAGAAAAUGUUGCUAUUUGAAUUAGCAAAGAACCAAGCGAAUGCCGCAGAUCUAAGGAAGAUCCUAGACUUAGUCUUAGAAAGGAUGUUGAUGUUCUCAACAACACCUUCAACAUCAUUUUAAGGUCGGCUUUUAUUCAUCUUUCUCGGCAUCUUAGUACCCUGCUCUUGUUCCCCUUGUAUUCUUUUCAUGGGCAGAGAAGUGGUCCGUCGGGGUCGAGAAGAGGGGACCAAGAAAAAUCUUGCGGCUUCUUGUCGCACUGCAGGUGGACCACUUCAGACUCGAGUGCACCAUCUGACACAACUACUAGGACAAGAACUCUCUAUACAACCCUACAACCCUAUUUAGAAAAUAGCUGAACAAGACUGAUUCAUCCUCGUCUCGACAAGAACUCUAAUCAACAACACUGUCGAGAUGGAGACAGAAACAACUACUACAAGACCUCUUGGACUAUGCUAGGAUGCGUAUACCAUUGGCAUACGUGCGCAGGGUGGUAGAGAACGACAUUACGGAUCGAGUGCAGCUCCAAGACGAAUUGGGGAUCUCAUUGCAUGAACUGAGCAUUAAGGAGAGGAGAAGAACACGAGUUCGUUCAUGAAGAUAAAGAGGUCUUUCAUCUUCUUUGACAAUAUAGAUUCCUCGAGAAGGAAAAGAAUUUUCGUCCCCGAGAAGGAAAAGAAUCCUCUUCUAAAGUGAUCUUCGCCGAUAGGCAGAUUCCGUUUGAGGUAGUGCUGAAAUUGGUGCCGCCCAUCGGAGAAAGAGUCAAUGCGGAUGAAAUUGAAGCUUGGUGUUAAGGCUACUGCUGAAGAUCGUUCUCAGCAUUAUCCUACUUGGCCGUUUUUGUACUUGGAAAAGAAGGAUUCCCGAGGAUCAUGUGACUCUCAUGCUCCUAAAAAGUUUGGUAUCCAUGAGGUUGUAGAUCUUUUACGUAAUAUCGUUCAUUCUCUAGGAGUUGUAACAACUCGCAUCAAAAAUAAUACUUCCCAAGCUGUCUUCAUCUAUGCUAUUCACAAUGUGGAUAAACUUUUUCAAAAAUUAUGUAGUCGGAAUAUAUUUAUAUACUAAACGGGUUACCGUUACAUUAAAUGUAACCGGUUCUUACUCUUAGACUUUUGACGAUCAUUUUGCUACCCCGUCAAGAGCACAAUGCGGGCGGUAGCUCUAAUGGUGGAAAUUCGGGUGUGACACGAGACUAGACGUUGCUUUUGUGGUCGACGAGUGCGGACUGACCUCCUCCAACGUGAGGAAUCUUACUGCGGUUGGUCUUUCGUUGGGUGAUUUGCGGAAUAAAUCCAAAUCGGAGAUGUUGAAGAAGGAAGCGGUGUCUGAAAGUAGGUCCUCAACAAAUGUUGUUGAAAGUGCGCGGCUCGCGGUGUCUGAAGAUGAAUUGUGAUCAAGUAAGGACUUACAUACUAUAUCUUUGUCUGCAGGAGCAGAAGAUCUUCUGAAGCGGGAAACAAACAUAUCGACGUUGGCACGACAUUUAGUACGUUGUUACCUCAACAAGAAGUAAAGCAUAGUAUCACGACAUUUAGUGCGUUUUUACCUCAACUACAAGUAAAGCAUACAACUGAUACUAUCUUCUUCGACGCGAGGACAUGAGUCAUGAG